AUGAUGGGCAUGACCUUUGCGGGUUUCCCCGCGUUGAAUCCGGGCGAACGGCAGAUACCAUUUGAAGUGCAGCAGUCGCCCAUUGUUGAGGGACUUGGUUUGCUGGAACACAGCCAAAGCAACACCGACGAGUCAAUGCAGCAGGGUGCGCAGAUCUUGAGCAGCAGCAAAACAGUGAUUGUCGGCUCAGUGCGGAUGGGAUAUGGCCAUCACCGCAUUGCCUACUCGGCCUUGACCUGGGCUCUGGAGCUGGGUGGGAAGCCUUUCCUCUUGGACAUUUUGUCACCUGACUGUGUGGAAGCUGCCAUUGUGCGCAACAUGGAUAAGCAGUAUUCGCGAAUGUCCCGCAUCGCUUCAAACCUCGGUGGCAUGAUUGAUGCCAUGUGGGGCAAGAUGAUGUUGCAGGGAGACGCCAAUGCCUUGAGAUGUUGUUUGGCCUUGUCCCAGAAGAUCCGGGGCAUCAUGGCAGCCUUUCCCAAAGACACGCCAGUGAUCAGCAGCCAUCCCAUUGUGGGAAACAUGGCUGUAGCAUGUGGGUUCAAGACGGUCAUCAAUUUGAUCUUUGACAACUACCCACAGUACUUUGUCUUGGUACCGGGCGCGAUCAAUCUGGUACAGUCACCUUCAUACUUUGACAAACUCUUGGAUAUGGGAUGUCCUUCGCACAGCCUUUUCCUGGCGGGGCAUUGGGUAUCUAGCGACCUGUGCAUCAACGCAGUCCCAGACAGCAAGGCGCGGCUGGGCCGCCUCGAGAAGAACUUGCCACGGCGCUUUUUGAUCGCCGUUGGGGGCGCUGGAGCACAGCGGGCCUUUUUGGAAGAACUUUUGCAAGGGAUUGCUGGCCUACUGCGAGAAAAGCGUAUCCGAAUCUACCUGAACUGCGGUGAUCACGGACACAUUGCAGAUGCCAUCACCGCCAAGUUGCAGGCUUUGGGCUUGGAAUUUAACCAAGUCACCAGCAACGAAGGAACUGUCGCCCUUUGCAAGAAGGAAGCCUUGGAUAAGUUGGAGGAGCCUGCCGAUUGGAAGGCAGUGACGCUCUUCCGCUUUGACAGUCACUUCGCAGCCUUUCGGUGUACGGAUCUGGUGAUCCGUGCGGUGGAUGUCUUGGUCACGAAGCCCUCGGAACUGGCAUUCUUCCCAGUUCCCAAGCUUCACAUCCGGCGCGUCGGAGCCCAUGAGGCGCACAGCGCGGUGCGCGCACAGGAGCUGGGCGAUGGCUCGGUGGAGUGCCGGGAGGUCAGUCAUGCGGUGUCAAAGCUGCAUCAGCUCAUCGAGCGAAACUCGCCGCUGUUCCGACUGAUGAACCAAUGCAUCAUGAAGGCUGCAGAGACGAAUGUCUAUGAUGGCAGCAAAGUGGCCUGCGAGUUCGCCUUUGGUGACAGGACGGCAGAUGCGGCAGCUUCUGUGAAAGAAAAGGUCUUGGUCACAGCCUGA